AUGUCAAACAGCUAUCAAUCACUCAACAAACAGAUCAAAACCCAUGUCAAAAAACUAGAGACUCCUUUCAAGCUAGAUGAUACUUUACUAGAGAUAUGUGAAGAAUCACUAUCCAAUAAUAACAAUGAAUCAAGACCUUUAAAACCUAGAGAAUUAUCCAAAAUAUUGAAAGAUGCAAACAUCAUACUAGGUAAUGGGUAUCAUCGUUAUUACUCAACACAAGCCAUAUCUCAACUAACUGAACAAAUAUUUAAUCUAAGAGAACAACAACAACUAGAUCAACAGGAUUUAAUAGAUUUCCUAGAGAAUUUAGAACUACCCAUCAAUUUGGAAAGUGAUUUCAAAGUUUAUUCAAUCAAAGAUAUAAUUGAUCAAAUUGAAAAUAUACCGGAAAUACCACAACAACAAGAUGAAGAAAAUGAACAAUUUACACAAUACAAUACAAAGAGACAAGAAAUAUUGAACAAGAUCAGUCAAUUAGAGAAUUUGAAAAAGAAGACAGGACUGGUAAAGAAUUAUAAAAACUUGAUCAACUUGAAAAUAGGUGAACGAUCAAAUAUUCAAAAAAACAUUCAAUCUUCCAAAAACACUGAACUAUCUAAUGAAAUUACAAAAUUAAGAAUCAAUUUAGAAAGAUACAAGACUCUAAAUGAUGCUCAAAAGGAAAAAUUUAAACAACUAUUACAUGAAUAA